AUCGUGCUUCUCGAUUGUUCCGAACUCCGUAUUUUCUCCGAUCCGAGCUAGUUUGCUAUUUCCAUAAUCGCAGAGCGUCGGGCUUUGAAAUUUAAAGCAGUUCGUGUAAUUAUCCGUGAGUAAAAUACGUGUUCGCGAAAUAGCGGUGUGAGAACAAAGUUGCAAAGAAGCUACCCCCCUCCAGAGGUUCCAGAUCAUUCCAUUGAAGGGACAGGAAUCGUUUCAACCAGCCGACUGGUGGAUGCUACAAAGGAGCCGUGGAUUUAUGACUCGGUGCCGAUUUCACGAGGAUACGUCGUUGCAAAGCCGAUUCGACGGACGUAAUGUGGUAAUCGAAAGAGACUCACGAUGAUUCCACCGGACUGUACUCUCGACAUCUCCAACGUUUUUCAUUCCACUGCCGUGAUCAUCGAAGGCAGUUGUUUGAACAAGUCAGAACCCACUGCCGUAUUAAGAGAUGUAUCCGCUCGAGUUCACGGUGGCGAAGUUUUAGCGAUUCUCGGCUCGAAGGGUUCAGGGAAAAGAGCUUUACUCGAUGUCAUCGCUGGACGAGCAGAGGGAGAAACCAGGGGCAGAGUGACUCUGAAUAAUAAUUUAUUAACCCCGGAAUUGUUCCGGAGGCACGGGGGAUACGUGGCUCACAGAUGUCAUUUGUUACCGAGUUUAACGGUACGCCAGACACUGACCUACGCCACAUGGCUCGCGAAUUUGAGCAACAGAGAGGCCAGAGUUCGCCAGACUCUCGCUGAUCUCGCGUUGUCUCAAGUCGCGAACAGAUCAGUCAACGAUUUGACUAAACCGGAAUACAGGAGAUUGAUGCUCGGCGUGCAAUUAGCUAAAGAUCCAACUUUAUUGCUGUUGGACGAACCCACAUGGGACACGGAUCCUUUAAACACUUAUCUGAUCGUUUCAAUGCUCUGGUCUUACGCGACCAGAAGGGGUUCCAUCGUUGUUCUAACGAUGGAGACUCCUAGAUCCGACGUGCUACCUUUUGUCAGUCGAGUGACUCUCUUAUGCUUGGGCGCGGUGGUUUAUUCUGGACCAACUAGGAGCAUGUUGGAUUAUUUCACUUACAUCGGUUUCCCGUGUCCGGAACUCGAGAAUCCUUUGAUGUAUUACUUGUGUCUCUCGACCGUGGACCGUCGCUCCAGAGAUCGUUUCUUAGAAUCGAAUCAGCAGAUAUCAGUCCUCGUCGAAAAGUUCAAGGCCGAGGGUGUAAUUUACAUGAAGGAGGCACCUCAGGUACCGCCUAACGUCAAAGACACGCCGUUAGGAAUCAUGCACAAGGGUCUCGGUCGUGGAAUCAAACCAGGAUGCUUUUCUACCCUGCUCGCCCUUUAUUUGAGAGGCAUGGCAGCAUCGUUUGCCUUUAACAAAUCAGGCUUAGGGCAUUUCGCUGCCAGACUAUUAUUGCUACCAUUCUCCGUAGCUCUGAUGAGCAUUCUCUAUUCGCAUUCGACUCCUAUGCAGUCUCGAAUAUUUUUACAAACAGGCGGUCUAGUGUUCAACGUACUGACUCUGUUCUACGUUGCUGGAAUCGCGUGCACGGCUCUGCUCUUUCCAGGAUACAGGGCUAGGUACUAUCAAGAGAAAAGGGAAGGUUUGUACGGUGGGGCCAUGUUCUUGACUGCAUACGCGUUACUGAGUUUGCCGUUGAGUUUUAUAUCUACCAUGAUCACUAUAGGCAUUUUAACACCCAUUCUGGAAUUGGACUUGUCCACUUGGGCUUAUGCCUGUGGUGUUCUCUGGGCCAGUUAUGUGGCCGCGGAGCAAGUAACUGUCGCAGUGCUUAUGGUCGUUGGAAGACCGAUCACUGGCGCGAUUACAGUUUUAUACAUGACUCAGGUGUCUCUAGUAUUAGCAUCUGGAGCUAUCAGGAGUCUGAAAGGCUUGUCGUACUGGCUGGCCGCAGUUUCCACUGCGUUUCCAGCCAGAUACGCCUCGCUGGCUCUUAAUCAAUUAGCUAUUGACGUCCCUACGUUCGUGAAUUUGCAUUACAACGAGAGUUUCACGUGCCCCGGUAUACCUGAGCUAUGCAGGUACCCGGAUGGCAGAUCUUAUUUAAUAGAACGGUUCACACGCGAAGGUGAGAACAUCUCAGAAGUUUUGAACGUCGAUUUAAAUUUAUUGAUCUCCUUGGCAUUCGCCGUCGGGUUGAGUAUAUUCAACAGCGUUCUGUACUUGUUACCAUUGCCGGCGAAAGUGAAAGCCAAAUUCAGAGAAUGAAGUUUCUUUUAUUGUAAAUUUUAGGAUAGUAAAUAAAACGUACGAUUUGUUCUUA